AUGUGUAAUGUUCCAUACCUUGAUGAACGCGAAUAUGAAGAGAAAUGCCUCCCUAAUCCUAUAACAGAUCGAAACGAAAUUCGUAGCGAAUAUGCGGAGAAUGAUGGAUACCCCACUCUCGGGAGUUGCAGCGGACAUCGCUCACUUGACUCGCACAUCACUGGCGAUCGACUGACAACCGAUGACCUUCCUCUUCGUAGGAAAAACUGUUUUUAUCACCUCAAGGAGAACCCGUUUAGCUGGGAACUCUGA